AUGGAUACCAAAGUGAAACAGGAAAUUAAGAGCGAAUCUGAAACGCAACAGCUCACCAUAAAUAGUUUGGAAAGUCUGGGACCAUAUAUUUUGGAACAGGAUAAUGCAAAGAACUUCGUAUACGUUUCCGAUAUACCACAGCUGUGCAAGGACGAGCCUUGUAUGCUGGGAGUGGAUGAAGCCGGCCGUGGACCAGUUCUCGGCCCCAUGGUGUACGGUAUUGCUUUCUGUCCUCUGUCGAAAAAGGACAUCCUGAAGCAGCUGGGAUUUGCGGAUUCUAAGCAACUGACUGAGGAAAAGAGAGACCAAAUUUUCGAUGAGAUGAACCGGAAAGAUUACGCUGUGGAAGCGCUUGGAUGGGCCGUUGAAGCUAUAUCACCGAACGUGAUCUCGAUGAGCAUGUUGAGAAGAACAAAGCAUUCAUUAAAUGAAGUGUCGAUGGAUUCCGCGAUUGGGUUGAUCAACGCCGCGAUCGAAGCCGGUGUUAACAUUGCCGAGGUGUACGUGGACACGGUGGGUCCUCCGGAGAAAUAUCAAGCCAAGUUGAAGGCUAUCUUUCCCAAAUUCAAGAUAACGGUCGCUAAGAAAGCCGAUAGUACCUAUCCAAUCGUAUCGGCGGCAAGUAUUGCUGCGAAAGUUACGCGAGAUCACGCCUUGAAAGUUUGGCGGUUCCGUGAACGACUGAACGAGAAAGAGAACACUUUCGGUAGCGGAUAUCCUGGGGAUCCAACGACGAAACGGUUUUUGGGAGAAAUUGAUCUUGUGUUUGGGUUUCCACGGUUGGUUCGAUUCAGCUGGUCUACUGCGAGCAAUGCGCUUGAAAAGAAAGCUUACGAUAUGGAGUUUGAAGAUGAAGGGGACGCGAAGGGUAAUCAGAAAGCUACAUAUGGAAGCGAGAAACUAUCCAAGUAUUUCUCGGCUUCUAAAAACGAGAACAGAAAGCGUAAUGAGUUCUUCCGGGAUCGUUGUUUGGAGCAUGUUGCGGAUAUUUGA